GAUCUGAGGGCUGAGUGGGGCUUACUGAGCCCGGGAACGCGGGUGCAGGGGGUGGGAGCGCGUAGUCCUGUGGCCCCCGCGGCUGGGCGCUGGCGAUGGCGGCGCGAUGGAGCAGCGAGAACGUGGUGGUGGAAUUCCGCGACUCCCAGGCAACCGCCAUGUCCGUGGACUGCGUGGGGCAGCAUGCAGUGCUUUCCGGCCGCCGAUUCCUAUACAUCGUCAAUCUAGAUGCCCCCUUCGAAGGUCACCGGAAGAUCUCACGCCAGAGCAAGUGGGACAUUGGAGCUGUGCAGUGGAAUCCUCAUGACAGCUUCGCGCACUAUUUUGCAGCCUCGAGCAACCAAAGGGUCGACCUGUACAAGUGGAAAGACGGCAGCGGGGAGGUCGGCACGACCCUGCACGGCCACACUCGCGUCGUCAGUGACUUGGACUGGGCGGUGUUUGAGCCUGAUCUCCUGGUCACCAGCUCUGUGGACACCUACAUCUACAUCUGGGAUAUCAAGGACACACGGAAGCCCACCGUCGCGCUGUCUGCUGUAGCGGGUGCCUCACAGGUCAAAUGGAAUAAGAAAAACGCUAAUUGCCUUGCCACCAGUCAUGACGGGGAUGUACGGAUAUGGGACAAGCGGAAACCCAGCACCGCGGUGGAGUACCUCGCUGCACACCUCUCUAAGAUCCACGGCCUGGACUGGCACCCGGACAGCGAGCACAUCCUUGCUACCUCCAGUCAAGACAACUCCGUCAAGUUCUGGGAUUACCGCCAGCCUCGGAAAUACCUCAAUAUUCUCCCUUGCCAGGUGCCUGUCUGGAAGGCCAGAUACACUCCUUUCAGCAAUGGAUUGGUGACUGUGAUGGUUCCUCAGCUGCGGAGGGAGAACAGCCUGCUCUUGUGGAAUGUCUUUGACUUGAACACCCCAGUCCAUACCUUCGUGGGCCACGAUGACGUGGUGCUGGAGUUCCAAUGGAGGAAACAGAAGGAAGGGUCCAAGGACUACCAACUGGUUACGUGGUCACGGGAUCAGACCUUGAGAAUGUGGCGGGUGGAUUCCCAGAUGCAAAGGCUUUGUGCCAAUGACAUCUUAGAUGGUGUUGAUGAGUUCAUUGACAGCAUUGCCCUUCUCCCGGAACCAGAGAAGAUCCUUCACACCCAGGACACAGACCACCAGCACAACUCCAGCCAUGGGGAGGAAGAAGUCUUAAAGGAAGACCCCCUAAGCAGUCUCCUGGAGGAGAAGAAAUCAGAGCAGCUGGGCCUGCCUCAGACUCUGCAGCAGGAGUUCUCUCUGAUCAACGUGCAGAUCCGCAAUGUGAACGUGGAGAUGGACGCGGCAGACAGGAGCUGCACAGUGUCCGUGCACUGUAGCAGCCACCGCGUCAAGAUGCUGGUGAAGUUCCCCGCGCAGUACCCAAACCAUGCGGCCCCCUCCUUCCAGUUCAUCAAUCCCACCACCAUCACGUCCACCAUGAAGGCGAAGCUGCUCAAGAUCCUGAAAGACACCUCCCUGCAAAAAGUGAAACGCAACCAGAGCUGUUUGGAGCCCUGCCUGCGCCAGCUCGUCUCCUGCCUCGAGUCUUUUGUGAACCAAGAAGACAGUGCUUCCAGCAACCCCUUCGCGCUCCCGAACUCUGUCACGCCGCCCCUACCAACGUUCGCCCGGGUAACCACCGCCUACGGGUCCUACCAGGAUGCCAAUAUUCCCUUUCCCAGGACGUCGGGGGCCAGGUUCUGUGGGGCAGGGUACCUGGUGUAUUUCACAAGGCCCAUGACAAUGCACCGAGCAGUCUCUCCUACCGAGCCUACCCCGAGAUCUCUCUCGGCCUUGUCUGCCUAUCACACUGGCUUGAUUGCGCCCAUGAAGAUCCGCACAGAGGCCCCUGGGAACCUCCGUUUGUACAGUGGGAGCCCCACGCGCAGUGAGAAGGAGCAGGUCUCCAUCAGCUCCUUCUACUACAAGGAGCGGAAAUCAAGGAGAUGGAAAAGUAAGCGUGAAGGAUCGGACUCUGGCAAUCGACCAAUCAAGGCUGCUGGGAAAGUGAUCAUUCAGGAUAUUGCUUGCCUUCUUCCGGUUCACAAGUCAUUGGGAGAACUAUACAUAUUGAAUGUGAAUGAUAUUCAAGAAACGUGUCAGAAGAAUGCCGCUUCUGCCUUGCUUGUUGGAAGGAAGGAUCUUGUCCAGGUUUGGUCGCUGGCCACAGUAGCUACGGAUCUUUGCCUUGGUCCGAAGUCUGACCCAGAUUUGGAAACACCCUGGGCUCGACAUCCAUUUGGGCGACAACUGCUGGAGUCCCUACUGGCCCAUUACUGCCGGCUCCGGGACGUGCAGACGCUGGCCAUGCUCUGUAGCGUGUUCGAGGCCCAGUCUCGGCCGCAGGGGGCGCCAAACCCUUUCGGGCCCUUUCCCAGCCGCUCAGCUAGCCUUGUGGUGUCCCACAGUCGAUAUCCCAGCUUUACGUCCUCAGGUUCCUGCUCGAGCUUGUCCGACCCGGGGUUCAACACUGGUGGCUGGAACAUAGUGGGAAGAGAAACAGAACACCUAUCUUCACCUUGGGGAGAGUCCUCACCAGAAGAAAUCCGCUUUGGGAGUCUGACCUACAGUGAUCCUCGUGAGCGAGAGCGUGAUCAGCAUGAUAAAAAUAAAAGGCUUCUGGACCCCGCUAAUACCCAGCAAUUUGAUGACUUUAAGAAAUGCUAUGGAGAAAUCCUCUACCGUUGGGGUCUGAGGGAGAAACGAGCUGAAGUGCUGAAGUUUGUCUCCUGUCCUCCUGAUCCUCACAAAGGCAUUGUUCUCGUUGCAGAACCAAUCUCACCAUGUCUCUCUUCUGGCCACCUCCGCCCUCCUCCAGAGUUCGGUGUGUACUGCAGCCACUGCCGGAGUGAGGUCCGGGGCACGCAGUGCGCCAUCUGCAAAGGCUUCACGUUCCAAUGUGCCAUCUGCCACGUGGCUGUGCGAGGCUCGUCCAACUUCUGCCUGACCUGCGGACACGGGGGGCACACCAGCCACAUGAUGGAGUGGUUUCGGACUCAGGAAGUGUGUCCCACUGGGUGUGGGUGCCACUGCCUGCUUGAAAGCACUUUCUGAACUUACAGCCCUUGGGAGUUGUGGGAAGUCCUAGAGGACCCAUCAAUGCUGGGUGACAAGCUCUCCACCAGGAGCGAGGCUUCAGAGCCCACCUCCACCUAGACCAGGAUGCAUUCCCCUCAAAGACUGACGUGGUGUGGGCUGUUCCUGAGCCUUGGCCUUCUCAACUCUUGGCUGUUUGUUGGUGGCGCGGAUGUCGGUGGAAGAGGACUCGGGCAGGUGGAAACACCUGCCUCCAGAGCUGUGUUUACCUUUCAGAUGUUGACCUCAAACCAUUGACAGCAUCCUUUCUGAUGCCAGUCACAGAGAUCAAGGUCAGAUGCAAAGGACAGUCUCUUGAGCCAAAGGACAGUGGACAUUACUUCAGUUGACAAAUGGACCUGUGACAUAAGUUGGUGCAUUUAAUGAACUGAUGGACUAUGGCCUUUUAAAAUAUAAUACUUAAAUUAUAAAUAUGUAAUGUACUUAAGGAUCCUUAAGAUGUAUUUUUUUUGUUUGCUAUUUCUCUUCCAGCUGCUUUCCCUUGGCUAAUAAAAUUCUAGUAAUCA